AUGGCUUCUCUGUUCUUCUUCUUCUUCUUCUUCUGUCAGCUUCUUUCGGGUUUGGGAAGGAGUUUCGUUGCCGGAGCAGGUCAGGUUCCGGCCAUGUUUGUGUUUGGCGAUUCAUUAAUCGACCCAGGAAAUAACAAUCAUCUAUUAACAAGGGCCAAGGCCAACUUUAGACCGCAUGGUAUAGAUUUUCCAGAGGGGACGACUGGAAGGUUUUGCAAUGGUGGAACACUCGUUGAUCAUUUGGGUUAUCUUUUGGGACUUCCUCUGAUUCCAGCAUUCAACAAUCCAGACACACAUGGCAUUGCAAUACUUCAAGGAGUUAACUAUGCCUCUGCAGCAUCUGGAAUUCUCAAUGACACUGGAGAAAAUUUUUAUUUGUAUGAUUUGGGUGUGAGGAAAUUCUUGAUAGUCAAUAUCAGUCCUACCGGCUGCAUACCGAACCAGUUGGCAGCGCAGGAAAGUGAUACAGGUGCGUGUGUUGAAUCAGUCAAUCUAUUGGUAUCUCACUAUAACAGAAAGCUUAAGGAGAUGGUUGAUCAGUACAAUGCACAGCUCAAGGAAUCAACAUUCCUCUACUGGGAUGCAUUCUCCUUUGGCAUCAAUGUCAUCCAAAACUAUGCCAACUAUGGCUUCAAGAACCAAAACACAGCCUGCUGUGGUGGCGGCAAAUGGAAAGGUCAGAUCCUCUGUUUACCAGUUUUUACUCCAUGCCAAAACCGGUCAGAGUAUGUGUUCUGGGAUCCUUACCAUCCUACAGAUGCUUUCAAUGUUAUUGCAUCGAAGGAUCUAUACCAAGGAAAUCUGCAAGCCUCAUUCCCAAGGAAUGUUCAGCAGCUAGUUCAAAGCUAG